GAGGAGAGAGUAAUGACCAUAAUCCUUCAUCACUUUCAGUCCUUUGGGCAGCAGAAAGUAAAAUCUCAGAAUAAAAGAAACCCACCAACCAAACCCAACUUCUUGUUCCUUCUUCAACACAAAGUUUCUUCUCUCUGUCAAUAAUCACGCGUUUCUUGUUCCGCAAUAAUCUUGGGGGAUUCAUCAUUCAAUUAGGAAAUUUCACGCGGAUUCAUGUUUCUUCAGCAUCCGAUUUGAUUCCCCAUUAAACGCCUCAAUAAUUCUCCAAUUACUGCUACUAAUUAUUGGCACAUCUGAUUUUCUAGUGCAUUGAUGGCUACCCCAAGUAAAUCAACACCAAUGAUAUCUUUAGACUCUUUGGAACAGAAGGGGAACACUGUGACUGAAUCAAAUGCAAACAUUGUUCAAUGUCCGUUAAACCAACAAAUCCAUAACUCCUUAGAUGGCCCAGUAGCAAUCCUUUGGGAUAUUGAAAAUUGUCCUGUUCCAAGUGAUGUACGCCCUGAAGAUGUGGCAGGUAAUAUAAGAAUGGCUUUACGGGUGCACCCAGUAAUUAAAGGAGCUGUUAUGAUGUUUUCUGCUUAUGGGGAUUUCAAUGCUUUCCCUAGGCGACUUAGAGAAGGCUGUCAGAGAACUGGUGUUAAACUUAUUGAUGUUCCCAAUGGUAGAAAAGAUGCUGCUGACAAAGCUAUUUUGGUUGACAUGUUCUUAUUUGCACUUGACAACCCUCCUCCAUCCUCUAUCAUGCUUAUAUCUGGAGAUGUUGAUUUUGCUCCAGCUCUUCACAUUCUUGGUCAGCGGGGAUAUACUGUAAUUCUUGUCAUCCCUGCUGGGGUGGGAGUUUCUUCUGCCCUAUGCAAUGCUGGUAAAUUUGUCUGGGACUGGCCUAGUGUGGCUCGUGGAGAAGGCUUUGUGCCCCCCUCAAAGGCUUUAGUGCCACCCCGUGGAGCUCCAAUUGAGCUUGCUGGAUAUUUGAUGGGGUGCCAUAUCAAUGACAACUCUGAUGGACAAAAUGAUGAAGAAGCAAUAGUUUAUAGAGGGAUGUCGCAGAGCUAUUAUAACUCAAGGGAAUUCUCAGUGGUGCCGCAAUCUCUGUCUGAAUACAACUGUGGCACAUCAAACCUUCCUUGCGUGCCAACAACUUUGAGAUCACAUAGCCUUCCGUCUAUAUUGAAUGAUGUUUCAGGAGGACCCAUUGCUUCAAGUGACCAUAAUGAAUGUCAGUUAUGGGUACAACCUGGGGAUUUAAAUGGUCUCAAGGGGCAGCUGGUAAGGUUGCUUGAACUUUCUGGAGGAUGCCUGCCUCUGCCCCGAGUUCCAGCAGAGUACCAGAAAAUUUAUGGGAGACCUCUUUAUGUAGCUGAAUAUGGGGCAAUAAAGUUGGUCAAUCUUUUCAAGAAGAUGGGUGAUGCCAUGGCUGUGGAAGGGAAAGGGCAUCGCAAAUUUGUGUAUCUAAGAAACUGGAAGGCUAGCCCAAGUGCUCCUCCUCUGUCUCUGGCAAAGAAAGAUAAGAAAGGAAAGGGAGCCCAGGAAGAGAAUGUGAAUGUUGUCACUGGUGGCUGCUCUUCAGAUGAGUUCUCAGAUGAAGAAAGAGUAGUCAUAGAAGAACACGAUGAAAGUUGUGCACAAAAGGGCAAUCAUGGGAGAGCAGCCAAAUGUGAAAUUGAUGACCAUUUUCUCGAGGAGUUCAAGUAUGAGCUGCAAGAGAUUCUUGUAAGCUAUUCAUGUAGAAUAUUCUUAGGUUGUUUUGAGGCUAUAUACCAGCAGCGGUACAAGAAACAACUGGAAUAUAAGAGAUUUGGUGUGGACAAGUUGGAAGAUUUGUUUGAGAAGGUGAGGGAUGUGGUAGUGUUGCAUGAGGAACCAGUAAGCAAGAGAAAAUUCCUGGCUGCUGUGGGUAGUUAAGUGAACUUGCGCAAGGGACUACAAUUUGUUUUAACCUUUCUUGUGUUUUAAACUUAUGGUCUUUCACUAGCAACCUCAUCAUUUUCAGGUUAUUUAUUCCUUAGAAGUCUUGUAAAGAUAUGCUGGGCGUAUGUGUUUUUUUUAUAGUCACUGUCCUGCAUGUAUUUUAAUCUUUCCUAAAAUUUCUGUGUUCUUUCCCGAUUAGCUACUUACACUAGUCGGGAGACAUGUACAAGUAGUAGCUUUUGUACUUCUAUCUUGUAUCCAAAGAUUCUAUACAAAUUUUCCAUACUUGUUAACUUAUCGUGAUACUAAUUUCU